GCCUACACUUACACACACAACACAAACCCUCUACGCGAAAAGUUUUUUUCUCUCAAAAGGGUUUAAAGACCUUUCCUUUACCUAACUUUGUCUCUUUCUACUUCAGCCAUCUCUUCUCUGCCUCAACCAGCGAUGGUGGAAUUUUGAGCCUUUCCCUUGAAAUCAAUGCAUGUAAAGACUAAAGCUUUGAUGAUGCAUAUUGGUUUUUCGUUAGCACAUUCAUGUGGGUCAUUGCGUGCUUCUAUUAGUUUCAGCAAAGUGGCAAAAGGGUCUGUGUUUGUUUGACUUGAGGAGGGUUCUUCUUUUUAUUAAGUGCAAAGGUAGCUGCGUUGUGCGUGUGAGUGUGUGUGUGUUUUUUUUUUUUUUUUUUUUUUUUUCAUUUUGAGGCAUGAACUACCUUGUGGGGUAGAUUUUGAUUUUCAAACCUUAAGUGAUAGCACCCCAUUUGGCAAAAGUGAGGAUUUUUGUUUUUUGGAGAACGCAAAAGGAUGAUUCAGUUGUUGUUCAUGGUGAUUUUUGUCGAGGGGGUUCUGGCAUUUCUUUUGUUGGUUAAGAUAGGACCUUUGAGAGAUCUUGUGAUAAAGAGCCUGGAUCAGUUGAAGAUGGGGAAGGGUCCAGCUACAGUGAAAACCAUUGCUGGUACCAUGUCGGUGAUUCUCCUUUCAAGUCUCAUGAGCAUUGUCAAGAUCCAGAACAAAGGUGCUAAACUUGGUACUAUGUCGCCCAUGGAUCAAGUUCUGUGGAGAACUCAUUUGCUCGAGGCUUCACUGAUGGGUUUUACAUUAUUCCUUGGAUUCCUAAUUGAUCGUACCCACCAUUAUCUUCAAAAGCUUAUUAAUUUAAGGAGUAAUGCGGGAGCUUCAAAAGAAGAAUUGGAAAACCUUAAAAAAGAAACUGUCCAACUUAAAGAAAAGGAUGAGAAAGCAUCCAAGGAGAUUAAACAGCUAAAGGAAGAACUUUCACAUCUGUCCAAAAGUUUGGAAAAGAUAAAAUUGGAAUCUGAAGAGAAGGAUAAGAAAGUUGAGACCGCCGAAGCACAUGUUGCUUCCCUCCAAAAGCAAGCUGCAGAUCUACUGCUUGAAUAUGAUAGACUCUUAGAAGACAACCAAAACCUUCAGGCUCAAACACUGGGACACAAGAGUUGAGGAAUGACUGAGAUGCAUUGAUAAACAAAGUUUUGGGGGUGAGACUUCAUUAGGACCAUCCCUAGUUUUGUUGCUAAAUCUUUAUUUUGGAAAAAAAGUACUUGUUUGGUCCUUUUUGAGAAUGCAACAUUGACCAAGAGUGCUCUCUGCUUAAGUUUAUAAGUCUUACAGUUCAUUUUUAGUUUGUACACAAUUUUCUUCUUAGAUCAUCGUUUUACAAUUGCUCCAUCUAGUUUUUGUUUUUACCCCCUCCUUUUAUUGUUUGGAUGAAUAUAUUGAAGGGUUAUUGGCAGGACAGAUACUUCUCAAGAAUUAGGAAAGGAUUUGUUGAAUUUCAACAUGAUAACUGUGCCCUGGGGUGCAUCUGGCCAUUCCAUUUUGUGCAUAAACAUUAAGCACACUUGUUAGGACUUCGGAGUAAUAUUGUUGGUUCUGCUGCUAUCUGCACCCAUUGCUUCUCAGGUCAAAAAAUGCAUAUAAUGCAUUUGUUAGCUAAACAAGUAUACAUACAAAUAUGAGACAUAGAUAACAGUUAGGUGCAGUAUGUUGUUUCAAACUGUUAUAUGUUUGUGUCUAUGAUUUAUAUAUGCAUCAGUUCAGAUUCA